ACAUAGUCCUCACCUACAACACAAUAUGAGCCCAGCAAGCUUACUGGAUCAGCCUAUUCAGCUAAGGCCGGACUACGUUGAAGAUGUUGAGGAUGUUGAAGAUGAGGUCUCAGACCAGGACGAUGACAAUGAAGACCAGUCGCAGGACAGCGAGUCCGCCCAAAGCGACUUGGGGUUUGAGGAUGAGGAGGAUGACCUAGAAUCCGUUCCAGAAGACGGACUGCCGUUGAAGGACAUCAGCUUCGGAGCCUUAGUGAAGGCACAAGAAACUUUUGAUCCACGGCCGCGCAAGCGAAAACUGGCAGAGACGCUCGAAGGACCAGUGCCACAACCGGAAAAGAAUGAAGAAGAUUCUUUUGACACCCGCAAGAGAGCCAAAGAGGCUCGCAUUGACGGACCGAAGCGAACAUCCAAACAUGCACCUGUAGUCGAAUCUGCACGAAAGCCCGUUUCGCGAAAGAGAACCAUCUUCGAGCCCGCGCCGGCGCAGAAGUUUCGGGAUCCUCGGUUUGAUCCUACAGUCAUGUCAGCCAAUCGAGACACCAACGCCACCGAGAAGGCGAGCAAGAACUAUUCUUUCUUGACACAAUACCAGGCGAGUGAGAUCUUGGACCUCAAGUCGCAGAUCAAGAAGGCCAAAGACCCCGAUGUUGUUGCCGACCUAAAGCGGAAAGUCAUGUCAUUAGAGUCCAAGCUACGUAACGCCGAAAUGCGACAGAAGCAGGAAGAAGUGAAGAGGAGACACAAGCAGCAGGAACAAGAAGCCUUGCGUACCGGGCAGAAAGCUGCACCAUACUACCUGAAAGACGCCGAGGUCAAGAAACUUGCUAAAGAAGAGAAACUACAAAGUAUGGGCAAACGUGCUCGCGAUAAGUCUGAGAAGAGACGAAGGAAGCGGGAAAAAGGCAAAGAAGCCAGAGACAUGCCUCGUGUAAGGCGGGAAAGAUGAGUGUCCUGGACCUUUUACACAACCUGACCUUACCAUUAUCCAUUGUUACGGCUUCAUCUCCAUAUCAACCACCAAUUUCCCACCUACGCCUCGAUGGUAAUCCUCCACCAACUCAUUCAGCUUCUCGAGCGGAUACGUCCUUAUCUUCGCUCUGACACCAUGACUUGCUGCAAAAUCCACCAUAGCUUGCAACUGAUGAUUUCGGCCCGUCAACACGCCCACAAGUUUGAUAUGUCUGAACACCAGAUCGCCCGGCUUGAAGCGCCAUCCAUCCUUCGGAAAACUCACGCACACGCACGUGCCGUGGUUUUUAAUAACCCCCAUCCCGAAGUCAAAGGCAGCCUGUGACUCCGGCAGGAUCAAGCUCGAAUCGCACCCCUUCUCCCCUUCGAGCCCUUUCUCCGCCGCGCCAAAGAUCCGUGCUUUCGCAUCGUCAACGGUCUCCUUCAAUGCAUCCACAAGCACGACAUUUUUGCCGUCCUCACCCAACUCCGCAACCACGUUCUCAAGCAUCUUCAUCGCAGGCGUCGUGUCUACCGCGACAACCCUCCAACCCAACUUCGCAGCAAACUGCACGCCCAAAUGGCCCAACCCGCCUCCCGCGCCGAGGAUUGCCACCGACUUGCUUCCGGCCUCUCCAUUCCCCUUUCCGCCAGACACAGCCAUAUCCACGCCCGCCGCACCCAGCGCAUUCCAAACCGUCACCCCCGCACACAUGAGCGGAGCUAUAUCCACGGCUCGCAGCUUCCCAUUCUCCGGUACACGGGCCACCUGCCUCACAUCAACAAGGCAAUAUUCUUGGAAGCCCCCGUCGCGCGUCAAGCCCAAGUUACUUGCACGCGGACACCACACGCCGUAACCACGCAGAUCGCCUCCGUUCUCCGUGCACUCGUUACACACGCCACAGCACGCGAACGCCCUUCCUGGCACGCCGACAAGCGCCCCGGCGCUGAUUCCUUUGAGUUGAGCGACUUUCUCGGCAUCCGGGCCAAGCUGCUCGACGACACCAGCGAACUCGUGAGACCCGACGCGAGGGAGGCCUUGCUGCAUAGCGCCACUCGCGAAGACGGCGUCGGUGUGGCAGUACGACGCCGCUGUCACGCGGAUCAACAGCUCAUGGCCCUGAGGUGGCGGAGGGCGGGGGAAGUCGGGUUUGAAGGUAUACGGGGUGUUGAAUGAUUCGAGGACUUGGGCGCGCAUAGUCGAUGACGAACGUCUGUGUCUGUUGAUCUGAACGACAGAUUGAUGUUGGAGAGCGGCGAUGGGCGGUUGCGGUUGCUUUAUGGCGGGCCGACUGGAGGUGCCAAAGCUAGAUCGUGAUAUAGAUUGGACGGACUUGCAGAUUGGAAGAGUAGUACUGUAGUGAUGGCCUCUGGCGUAGCUUGUAGGCAGUGAUCUGAUGGAAGCUAUGGUGACCUGCCUGUCUUGCUUCUUUAAGCGGGCUUUGAGGCCUGCUUGUGCGGUAUAGUCGAC